AUGGAUAGUAUCCUGCGGAUUUUUUAUGGCACUAUGGUUUUACCGUGUAGGCAGGUUCACAGUAUCAAACUACCAGAGUUUGAUUUUUGGAUCAGUGGAAAUUUUUCGAGAAAUUUCGAAAAAAGUGAAAAAAAAUUCGAAAAAGUGAAAAAAUACAAAAAAAAAGUAAAUUUUUUUCUACUUCAGGGCAACUGUAGAAAAUUGGUCCCAUCACAAAAAAUGAUCAAAAAUAGGCCAGUUCACUUUCGAUUUCUCCGAGAAAUACCAAAAAUGUACAAAUUACGAGAAUUUUGUUGA